AUGUCUCUAAACCGGGUUUACACGGACACGGAGCAGUCUGCAGAGGAUUCUGGAGAAUGUUCGGCCACAGUCGCGUCGGACAACGGGCACGGGGCAGGUCGUACGCACGAGGUGACCGUGCGCAACUCCGGCUGCUGCGUGUGCCUGCCGCGCAUCAUGCGCCUCACCUUUGCGCCCGAGUCUCUCGAGCGGCUCUACCAGGUCUACUUCCGACGGCAGCGACAGGAGACUCUUCUGGUGCUGGUGGUGUUUGCAGCGCUUUUCAACUGCUAUGUCAUCGUCAUGUGCGCAGUGGUGUACACGACGGACAAACGUACAAUGGUCGUGGUCGCGGCAGUUGGCCUUGCUGCGGAUAUUGUACUCUACACGCUGUGCCGGCUGCGCAAGCUCCCCGCGGCGCCUGUUGUGAGCGGUGCGAUACCAUACAUACUCUGGCUGAUGAUAGCCGUGCACGUGCUGUGCUACCUGGGGCUGAACUACCAGCUUUCCCCCCACGCCAGUGACACAGCGGGCUGGCAGGCCUUCUUCAGCUUCUCUUGCUUCCUGACGCUGCCCCUGACCCUGGUCCCUCUCCUGCUGCUCACAGCUCUGUCCUGUGGGAUCCACACCCUGGUGCUGGGGAUCACCAUCGCCCAAAGGCACCAGGACAGCCUGCAUGGAACCAUACUGCUCAGACAGGUAAAGGAGAGGUGGAUGUGGGCAGAGAUUGGAAUGGGGUGGGUGGAAACAAAGGUGGGCAAAAAGGGAAGGGGUGAUGGUAUGAGUGAGGGGAUAGGUGAGUGCACCGCUAAAUCAAUGGUGUACAUUUAAUUAGGAAAGUGAUACAUUUACACUAUUCUCAGUGAACAUAUGAGUCCCACUGAACUGGUGUUAAAAUAACACUUUUGAAAGUGUUAAAGAUGUAACUCUAUUGCAGUGUUCCACAUUCAACUCUUAAAGUGUUACAAUGAACUUGAUUGUGGUGUUUUCAUAACUCUACUGUAGAGUAAUAUGCAACACCUACAGUGUAAAACAUAACACUUGAUUUAGAGUAAAAUUGACUUACAUUGCUUAGUGCUGACGCUGUUACACUUUCUCAGUGUACAAACUUAACACCUGUAGUGUUAGAGUAAAUCAUUUUGGGGUGUUGUUUUAACACUAUAUGGUGUAUAGCCUAAUAUUUCCCAGGAUGCCUUUUCUUUUUGAGUGAAUUGUAGAGUUACUACCCAUGACUGUAUUUGUUAGUGACAGAGACAUGGUUAUUGCAUUCUUUCAUUUCAUUUUAAAGGUAUGUGGCUUUCACCAUCAUUAUGCCAUCAAUGACAAUACAAUACUUAUACGAUUAAGACUUACAUUGAUGGCCUAGUUUCAUCCUAACACAGUGGUGUUUGGAAACACCUGGUUUACAGGCCACAUCAGGCCUGCAAGUCACAUUAUGCUGGCUUGCAAAGUGAUGUGUAAUACCUACUGGAAUCCAGCCAGUGUUAGGAUAUCCAACAGUUGGAAUUUUUAUUCACCCGCAACCUGCAUUCAGAAUGACUGUCAGGGUUAGGGAAGUUGAUAAGAAGACUACCUAAACCAUUCAAACUGGAACAAUUCAGUAAUGGGUGCAAUAAAUCUAACUAACUGAUUGGAUUAGUUUAGGAAAAUGUAUGUUAUUUAUCUUUGUGUAGCGUAAGAUUAAUCAAUCAAAAACACAGAUAUUAAAAAUAAUCCAAAAAAAGAACACUGAGGGUCUUUUACACCACUGAGUGUUAAUUUCACUCUUACAACAGGACCCUGAACAGCUUCAACCCCCAAGCCAUAAGACUGCUAAAUAGUAAUAGUUAACCAAUAGCUACCCGGACUAACUGCAUCAAACUAUUUUUGACUCAUCACAUACGCUGCUGUUACUGUUUAUUAUCUAUCCUGUUGCCUAGUCACUUUAUCCCUACCUUGUACCCCUGCACAUCGACUCGUUACUCAUUGUGUAUUUAUUCCUUGUGUUAUUAUUUUUCUAUUUUUCUAUUAUUUAUUUAUUUCUCUGCAUUGUUGGGAAGGGCCCGUAAGUAAGCAUUUCACUGUUGGCCUACAACUGUUGUUUCCGAAGCAUGUGACAAAUACAAUUUAAUUUUAUUUUAUCUAACUCCUGAAUCAACACUAGAAAUGUUACACUGAAAAAUCAACACUGGACAAUUUGCUGUGUGGGAAAGAGGACUGGCAGGUGAGAUAGGGAAUGACACAGGUGAGAAGACCUGAAACAUCACACACACUCCAAACUCAGCUAAUCACCAUUAAGUUGCCUUUGUGUGCCAGGUUAUGCAAGCCAGCUGUGCAGGGACCUGUGGGACACCCUUCGAGCUGAGUGUAAUUUUGGAAGAUUGUUGUUGAACCUGCUCACUGUACUCAGUGAGAGUUGUCACUUAGGAACGCAACGCUCCCACUGCACCCCUCACAACCUCAGUCAGUCAGGACUUAGUUUUCAGCAGCAUGUUGAUAUGUUCAUCCCUUCCCCCAUUUGCCCCUCUCCCCCAGCUCCUGGCUAACUGGGUGUUGUACCUGUGUGUGGUCACCGUGGGCGUGAUAUCAUACUACAUGGCCGACAGGAAGUACCGAACGGCCUUCCUGGAGGCGCGCCAGUCCCUGGAGGUCAAACUCACCCUGGAGGAGCAGAGCACCCAGCAGGUAGGUGUGUGUGUGUGUGUGUGUGUGUGUGUGGGCAUCUGCAUCCUUGUGUUUAUGUGUAUGUGUGUGCCCUGAUGCCCGAGUGCCCUGUUACCGGUGUGCUGUCACCUCUAGCUGUUAACAGUGUGCUGUCACCUCUAGCUGUUACCGGUGUGCUGUUACCUCUAGCUGUUAGCAGUGUGCUGUCACCUCUAGUUGUUAGCAGUGUGCUGUCAACUCUAGUUGUUAGCAGUGUGCUGUCACCUCUAGCUGUUACCGGUGUGCUGUUACCUCUAGCUGUUAGCAGUGUGCUGUCACCUCUAGUUGUUAGCAGUGUGCUGUCAACUCUAGUUGUUAGCAGUGUGCUGUCAACUCUAGCUGUUAACAGUGUGCGGUCAACUCUAGCUGUUAGCAGUGUGCUGUCACCUCUAGCUGUUAGCAGUGUGCUGUCAACUCUAGCUGUUAACAGUGUGCUGUCAACUCUAGCUGUUAACAGUGUGCUGUCAACUCUAGCUGUUAACAGUGUGCUGUCAACUCUAGCUGUUAACAGUGUGCUGUCAACUCUAGCUGUUAACAGUGUGCUGUCAACUCUAGCUGUUAACAGUGUGCUGUCAACUCUAGCUGUUAACAGUGUGCUGGAUAACCCAGCACUGCUCUAAUUACAGUGUGUUGUCUCUGGCUCUGGGCUAAUGGGCUAAUUAGACAGACUGUUGUUAUCUUUACAGUAGAGGCAUUGUUAGGGAGGUGCAACAGUUGGAUGCUUUAAGUUGGUCACAUACAUUCUGAGGUAUGCAGAGGUGUGGGACCAGGGCUAAUGUCUCUUUCCUCUCUCUUUCCAUCACUUCCCUCUUUCUUUCUUCUCUUGCCUUUUCCUCUCUCCCUUUUCUCCUUUCCAUUCUCUGUCAUCUCCCACUUCUCUCUCCUCCAUCUCCUGUCCCCUCACACAAUCCCCUCUGUCAUUACUGUCAAAUUAACUGAGUCGACCCUAAUUCACUGCAGCUGAUGAGCCAAUUAUUAUUGAGUCCUUUCCAUCCUCUAUCCUCUGUUAUGCUUUUCCCUGACUGCUACUAUUUGUAGAGCAAACAGUAUGGGCCCUGGAGAGAGAGAGAGAGAGAGCGAGACAGAGGGAGAGAGAAAGAGAUAAGUUAGAAAGACAGAAUUCCCAGAGUGCCAAAGAGGCAGUGUAGGCUUCUGGGAGACGGGUGCAUCCAGCCAAUCAGAACACAUCUGACUGCUUCACAUUGCCAUGACGACGCAGCCCUGAGAGGAUGCUCACAGAAAUUAUACUCCUGUCUCACACAUGCAGUACGCAAAGUGCGCAGGCACACACACGUCUGUCUCUGUCUCUGUGUGUGCAGGAGGAGUUGUUGCUGUCCAUCUUGCCCAAACACAUAGCAGAAGAGAUGCUGGAGGGCAUGAAGAAACAGGCUAACCAGAACGAAGUACAGCAGCAGCAGUUCAACACCAUGUACAUGUACCGCCAUGAGAACGUCAGGUUCGACAAUGUUAAUAUAACGUAAUGCCAACGUGAAGAUGUGCUAUUGUUCAGAAAUACUCAUGACAAUAAUCUGUACUCCAACACAUGGAUAUUGAGUGAACCUAUUAAGCAAUUUUGUUUUCUCGGCCUCCCCCUUUCUCUCCCCCUCUCUCUCCCUCUCUUACAGUAUCCUAUUUGCUGAUAUAGUGGGUUUUACCCAGCUCUCCUCAUUGUGUAGUGCACAGGAGCUGGUCAAGUUGCUCAACGAACUGUUCGCCCGCUUUGACAAGCUAGCUGCUGUGAGUCUCUCUCUAUACCAGGGAUCAUCAACUACAGUGCCUUCGGAAAGUAUUCAGACCCCUUGACUUUUUCCACAUUUUGUUAGGUUACAACCUUAUUCUAAAAUUUAAUAAAUAGUUUUUUCCCCUCAUCAAUCUACACACAAUACCCCAUAAUGACAAAGAAAAAACAGGGUUUUAGAAUUUUUUGCAAAUUCAUUAAAUAUAAAAAUAAAUUACAUAAGUAUUCAGACCCUUUACUCAGUACUUUGCUGAAUCACCUUGGGCAGUGAUUACAGCCUCGAGUCUUCUUGGGUAUGAUGCUACAAGCUAGGCAUACCUGUGUUUGGGGAGUUUCUCCCAUUAUUCUCUGCAGAUCCUCUCAAGCUCUGUGAGGUUGGAUGGGGAGCAUUGCUGCACUGCUAUUUUCAAGGCCCCUCCAGAGGUGUUCAAUCGGGUUCAAGUCCGGGCUUUGGCUGGGCCACUCAAGGACAUUCAGAUACUUGUCCCAAAGCCCCUCCUGCGUUGUCUUGGCUGUGUGCUUAGGGUCGUUGUCCUGUUUGAAGGUGAACCUUCGCCCCAGUCUGAGGUCCUGAACGCUCUGGUGCAGGUUUUCAUCAAGGAUCUCUCAGUACUUUGCUCCGUUCAUCUUUCCCUCGAUAUUGACUAGUCUUCCAGUCCCUGCCGCUGAAAAACAUCCCCACAACUGCUACCACCAUGCUUCACCUUAAGGAUGGUGCCAGGUUUCCUCCAAACGUGACUCUUGGCAUUCAGGCCAAAGAGUUCAAUCUUGGUUUCAUCAGACCAGAGAAUCUUCUUUCUCAUGGUCUGAGAGUCUUUAGGUGCCUUUUGGCAAACUCCAAGCGGGCUGUCAUGUGCCUUUUACUGAGGAGUGGCUUCCAUCUGGCCACUCUACCAUAAAGGCCUGAUUGGUGGAGUGCUGCAGAGAUGGUUGGCCUUCUGGAAGGUUCUCCCAUCUCCACAGAGGAACUCUAGAGCUCUGUCAGAGUGACCAUCGGGUUCUUGGUCACCUCCCUGACCAAGGCCCCUUCUCCCCCGAUUGCUCAGUUUGGCCGGGCGGCCAGCUCUAGGAAGAGUCUUGGUGAUGAAUGAUGAGGCCACUGUGUUCUUGGGGACCUUCAAUGCUGCAGACAUUUGUUGGUACCCUUCCCCAGAUCUGUGCCUCGACACAAUCCUGUCUCGGAGCGCUACGAACAAUUCCAUCAACCUCAUGGCUUGGUUUUUGCUCUGACAUGCACUGUCAACUGUGGGACCUUAUAUAGACGGGUGUGUGCCUUUCCAAAUCAUGUCCAAUCAAUUGAAUAUACCACAGGUGGACUCCAAUCAAGUUGUAGAAACAUCUCAAGGAUGAUCAAUGGAAACAGGAUUCAUCUGACCUCAAUUUUGUGUCUCAUAGCAAAGGCUCUGAAUACUUAUGUAAAUAAGGUAUUUCUGUUUUUUAUUUUUUAUUAAUUUGCAAAAAAAAAGCCUGUUUUCACUUUGUCAUUAUGGGGUAUUGUGUGUAGAUUGCUGAGGAUUGUUUUUUAUUUGAUCAAUUUUAGAAUAAGGCUUUAACGUAACAAAAUGUGGAAAAACUAAAGGGGUCUGAAUACUUUCCAAAGGCACUGUCAAUUCAGCCACGGUCCAAUUUUUUCUUGAGCGGAUGGUCGGGGAGCCGGAGCAUAAUUACAAAUUAUUUGUAAAUUGAAAAUUGACCGUAAGAAGUCCAAACAGAUUUAAUAUUUGACUAAACCAUAAUCAAUUCAAAUUAUUACAUUUGUGUACGAUCACGUGUCUUCUCUAUAGGGAAUACUUGGGAACAGAUUUCCUAAAUUAAAAUCACUUGGAGUAGAUUUCCUGGUGUUUGUACAGUCUUUUAUGUCCAACAAUAAAAUUAUUAUAAAAAAGUAAUUAAUUUUCUUUGCUCAGAAAACUUGGGGGGCCAAAUAAAAACACCCACUGGCCAAAUUUGGCCUGCGGGCCGCCAGUUGGAGACCCUGCUCUAUACCUUGCUUUGUUUCUUCAUGGUCGUGUUUCUGUCUCCUUGUGUUGUUCGCUCUUUAUCUCUCACAACAAUACGUUAUCUUAGGUGUCUUUCACAUUCAUCCGACUCACCUAUGUCUUCUUUAAGGAAACCUCUGCUGUCUUUAAAAUACACUGUUUAUUUCUCUCACAAACACACACAACUCAUAACAUACUGACAUUCAUAUCAUGUCUGUCAUUGUGUCUCUCCUCUCCUCUCUCUACUCUCUCUCUAUCUCCACCCUCCCUCCCUCCAUACAGCAACACCAUCAGCUGCGUAUCAAGAUCCUGGGAGACUGUUACUACUGUAUCUGUGGCCUGCCUGAUUACCGUGAUGACCACGCAGCCUGCUCCAUCAUGAUGGGCCUGGCCAUGGUGGAGGCCAUCUCGUAAGCGAGGGGAAGGAGGAGAGGAAGGAAAAGGAGGAGGAAGGGGGGGGGGAGAAGAAGGGUAGGAUAGGUGGGAGAAGAGGGUGGAAGAGUGAGCUUGAGGGGUGUAUAAUUUAGAAAAGGAUAGCAUUUACAAAAACUGAAUUGAAUUGACCCCUUUUCCUUCCAACCUCAGGUAUGUGCGUGAGAAGACUAAGACAGAGGUUGACAUGCGUGUGGGGGUGCACACAGGCACUGUGCUGGGAGGGGUGCUGGGACAGAGGAGGUGGCAGUUUGAUGUCUGGUCCACUGAUGUCACUGUGGCCAACAAGAUGGAGUCAGGAGGGAUACCUGGGUAAGAAACGUACAGUAAGACCAUUGGCCAGGGAGAGGUCACUAGCAAUGUCUCUGAGUGUCACUUACGGUGCCAAGAGGUUACAUAGGCAGUGUGUGUCUGUGUGUGUGCGUGUUCUCCAGGCGUGUCCACAUCUCCCAGAGCACCAUGGAGUGUCUGCACGGAGAGUUUGACCUGGAGCCGGGGAACGGAGGGGAGAGGUGUGAGUACCUGCUGGAGAAAGGCAUAGAUACCUACCUGGUGCUGUUCUCCAAGGAAACCACCCAGGUCAAUGGACUCAACGGGGUGGUAAGGGAUGACCUCUCUCUGUCUGGCCUGGUUCUGUAAAUUAAAUGUUUAAUAUUCCUCUCUCUCAGUCUGACCUGGUUCUGUAAAUUAAAUGUUUUAUAUUCCUCUCUCUCUGUCUCUCCCCACUCCUCAUUUUUCAGAAUGGAAACUCUCCCCAGUUGAUUAACACCACAGAGACCAAUGGGAGCAUCGGUUCGGUCCGGGCCACACCCACAGAGCGCAAACAGGAAGCAAAAACACAAGUACACCUAACCCCUAACUUGAUUAGAUUUGACUAAUUGUAUGAAUUUCACUACGAGCCUAUCCAUGAACUCUGACCUGUGUUGCCUAGGUGACGAGCCCUCAGCAUCAGAUAAAAAAGAAAGUGGAUGCCAGGGAGAGUGAACAGGAGCUGAACAGACUACUGCACCUGGAACUGCUAGAGAGAGAGGACGAAGAGACGUAAGAGGAGGAGGAGAAAGGGAAAGAGAGAAUAGGAUGGGGGGACAAAGCAAAGAGGGAAAAGUAUAUACUCAUCCAUAUAAUCUCUCUUUUUAUCUCUCACUCUUUCUAUCUCUCUCUCUUUCCAUCAGUGCGAGGGAGCGUCGGACCAACCCUGUGUCCCUGCAGUUUGUGGAUGGGGAGUUGGAGGGUCGUUACUCUGCAGAGAAGGAAAGACAGAGUGGUGUAGCUUUCUGCUGCAGCUGCCUGGUCCUCUUUUUCACUGCAGGCAUGGAGGUCCUCAUAGACCCAAUGUGAGUUCACACAUUAUAUUCAACACAAAACAUUCAAUAUACUGUACUACAACAUAUAACAUGCAACAUACAACUUGCAAAAUGUAACAUACCACAUGCUAAACACAUGACCCUGCUAGUAUGUGUGGCUCUGUUUGACAGGCUGGUAGUGAACUAUGUGACCCUGGCGAUUGGAGAGGUGUUGUUGCUCAUUCUCACUAUCUGCUCCAUGGCUGCCGUCUUCCCUCGUGUGAGUCUCCUCCUCUGAUGAUGAUAAUGAUGGAGGUGGUGAUGAUGAUGGCGGUGAUGAUGGUGAUUAUAAUCAUGUUUGUGUGUGUCUGUGUAAAAGAUGUUCUCGAAGAGGCUUGUGUCGUUCUCGAUGUGGAUCGAUCGAACCCGUUGGGCACGGAACACCUGGGCCAUGGCAGCCAUCUUUGUUUUAACCAUGGCCGAGAUUGCCGAUAUGGUGAGCCUAUUUUCUCAGCUUGUGUGUGUUCUUACCUUGUAGCUAUCAUACUCUUCAGUGACUUCUAAACUGCAUGUGUUUGAGUACCUAUCCGGUUGUGACGAGAUGGAGUACAGCUACGACCGGAAGUGAUUUUUUGUAGCUGGUUAGGAGAGCAUUUUAGCUAACCCUAUCCCUAACCCUUUUCCUAACCUUAACCAGCUAUGUUAAUUGUCCUAACCUGCUGCGUAAGUUCUCCUAACCUGCUACAAAAAAUCACUUUCAGUCGCAGCUGUAUACCACCAGAGAGGAAGCGGCAAAGCGACAGGUUUCCUUCUCACCAAAAUCUGUCCAAAAUAAGCCCAAUGCGUUUCUAUGGGCUUAUUUUGGACUUAAGCUUGUCGCCUGCCUUCCCGCCUUUGGGACAACGACUCCCAUUGUUAGGGCGGAGACAUGAGCAUCUCGUCAUUAUAUACAGAUUUCUUAUACCACCUAGUCAAAACCUACCUAUCCCCAUAGGGAUCCAUUACAGAGAGUUAAGUGUCUGUCUCACUGCCUGCUCGCUCAUUGGAAGGCCCCACAGGGACAGCCUGUUCCACACUUUACUGCUUUUUCUGCUAGGCAGGAACAGGGCUCCCAAAUGUCAAGAGAGGAAAGAUCAGUGGUGCAGAGAUGUCUAGUGGAGUGUGGAGCAUAGAGAAUAUGGGGCCACUGUUAUUGCAAUGUUGGCCAAAUUAUGCUUGAGUUAAAAUAUUGCUUUAGUUUGUUUUUGUUUAAAUGUUACACUGACGUUUUUGUAACAUUAUAUGUUAACAUAGCAUUAGGGGAGCUUUAGUGCAUGCCAUCACUGGAAUAUUGCCUUAAUUUAUCGAUAGAACAUUUCUCUGACGUAACCCCAACCCCUCCUGACAUUGUAGCUGAGCUGUGUCCAGCCUCCAUUCCUGCUCCUCAACACCAGUGCUGGCCUCAACCCAGAGUUGCUAGGCGACGGGGGUUGCGCAGAAAACCCCAAACACUACAGCUACAUGGCGGUGCUUUCGCUUGUGGCGACCACCAUGCUGGUGCAGGUGAGCCACCUGGUCAAGCUGGGGCUCAUGCUGCUGGUCAUCGUGGCAACGGGCGCCGUCAACAUCUACAGCUGGAGGGACAUCUACGACCUGUAUGACUUCAUACGAUUCACCAGCUACAGGUGAGGAACUAUAAUCCCUCAAGUGGUGCUAAAAACAUGUACUUACAUGGUAGUUACAUUGGCAGGUAAAGUGGAAAGCUGUGGAUACUCAAUAUGUUCUCUCUCCCUCUCUCGUCUUCAGGAUGUCUAUAGUCCCUUCCAAGUACCUGAUGACAGUGAUGAUCAUUAUCAUGAUGAUCUGCUUCUACUACUUUGCCAGACAUGUGAGUUACCUCCUCCAGAACAUUCUCACAAUCACACCUCCGAUUCAAAUUGAGUCAGACCUCAAUGAGCAUCAGCCUCUAACUCUGAAAUAAUACAAACUGAGAAAGACUUGAUGUUGUUACUGAUUCCCCUGACAGCACUAGUCUGUAUGAGCUUGCUUAAAACACUCUCUCUCUCUCUUUCUUUCACUCCACCCUCCUCAUUUUCCUAGGUGGAGAGGCAGUCACGGAAGCUUUUCCUGUGGAAGAUUGAGGUGCAUGACCAGAAGGAGAAGGUGUUUGAGAUGAGGCGCUGGAAUGAAGCGCUGGUCACCAACAUGCUGCCUGAACAUGUCGCCAAACACUUCCUGGGUUCUAAGAAGAGAGACGAGGUGAGAGAGGGAAGGGGGAAUAGAGAGAGGGACGAUUAAAAUACAAAGAAGGGAGAGAGACUCUCAAAGAAAGGGCAUAAAAAGAUACAGGAAAUUGUAAAUGUAUGGAUGUUUUUCUUACCCAUCAAUUUUGUUUCUCCUCUGUAGGAGCUGUACAGCCAGUCAUAUGAUGAGAUAGGAGUGAUGUUUGCCUCCAUCCCCAACUUCUCAGACUUCUACACAGAGGAGGGCAUCAACAACGGGGGCAUAGAGUGUCUGAGGAUCCUCAAUGAGAUCAUCUCUGACUUCGACAGUGUGAGUCAUCUAAACUGUGUGUGUGUGUGUGUGUGUGUGUGUGUGUGUGUGUGUGUGUGUGUGUGUGCGUGUGUGCGUGUGUGUGUGUGUGUGUGUGUGUUGUGUGUGAGUCUUUUAGUACAGUAACAGAAUAAUUAAUUUCCUUGCUCUGCCCCUGCCAGCUGUUGGACAGGAAUGAGUUCCGCUUCAUCACUAAGAUUAAGACCAUAGGAAGCACCUACAUGGCUGCGUCUGGAGUCACACCCGAGAGCAACACCAACGGAUACUGCAACCGCCCGGUAACCACAGCAACUGACAACACAGAAUACAGCAUCAAGCUCAAUGCAUAUCAGCAUGACUAAUGGUGUUGAUGAUGAUGACGAUGAUGAUUGUGAUGAUGAUCAUGAUGAAGGCUCUAUUGCUCCCCUACAGAUAGAGGAACAGUCAUUAUUAGAACGUUGGCAGCACUUAGCUGACCUGGCAGACUUUGCUCUGGCCAUGAAGGUCACUCUCAACAAACUCAACGAUCAGUCCUUCAACAACUUCAUGCUACGCAUCGGUAAGUGUGUGUGUGUGUGUGUGUGUGUGUGUGUGUGUGUGUGUUUGAUUGACAUCUCUUCCUCUUAGGUCUGAAUAAGGGCUCGGUGUUGGCUGGAGUGAUCGGUGCUCGUAAACCUCAUUAUGACAUCUGGGGCAACACAGUCAACGUAGCCAGCAGAAUGGAGUCUACUGGGGUGAUGGGCAACAUCCAGGUAACACACAUUCUCACAUUUCCUCACCUGUCUACUACCUUCCUCACUUUUCCCCCUCAGUCUUUUCCAAUCUUCUCCUCUCUUUUAUCUUGAUAGACAGUUUUCAUUCUACGCCCUAUAAUGUCCCAUUUUUAUCUGUCAUUACCCUAUGAUGUGCUGCCCCCAGGUGGUGGAGGACUGCUAUGACAUCCUAAAGGAGUACGGAUUCCGCUUCGUCAGGAGAGGCCCCAUCUUUGUCAAGGGGAAGGGGGAGCUACUAACCUUCUUCAUGAAAGGGAAAGACAAAACUAGUAGCAAUGGCACU